AUGAUGGCGGAAAAAGACACCACAAUUAUGCACCUGGAGAACCAGCCAGGUCCUGGAAUUUCCACCGAGGAUGCAGAAUUUCUAUCCAAUUUCUCGGAUGAAGCCAGGAAGAAAGUUCUACGAAAGGUUGAUCUGAGGCUUGUUCCCAUGCUGGUUCUCUUGUACUUGGUAGCAUACAUCGACAAGACGAACAUUGGAAAUGCAAAAAUCGAGGGCCUUCUGUCAAGUCUACAUAUGGACGGAAUCCAGUACAACAUCGCGCUGUCUAUAUUCUUCAUUCCCUAUGUCCUUGCUGAGGUCCCAAGCAACAUCAUACUCAACCGACUAAAGAGACCAUCGCGGUACUUGGGCUUCCUGAUCCUCUGCUGGGGGGUGGUGAUGUUGUGUACCGGUUUCGUGCAGAACUUUGCCGGUCUGGUCGUGAUUCGGGUCCUUUUGGGUCUCUUCGAAGCCGGCUUUCUCCCAGGAGCCGUUCUUGUGAUUUCAAAGUGGUAUCUUCCAAAUGAGACACAAACGCGCAUUGCUAUUCUCUAUACCUCUGCGGCCUCAGGGGGUGCCUUUUCGGGUUUGCUGGCUUUUGCGAUUGCCAAAAUGAAUGGCGUCGCAGGCUAUGAAGGCUGGCGUUGGAUAUUCAUCAUAGAAGGCAUUGCAACCUGCAUCAUAGCUGCAGCGUGUUAUAUGCUCCUUUUGGAUUCGCCGUCCUUGUCGGCUGCUUGGCUGACUCCUGAUGAGAUUCGCUUCCUCGAAGUGCGACAGAUGGCGAAUAACAAUCAUGGCAGUCAUGGGGGAAGCUUGGACAAGAGCAUCAUUCUCAGCGUCAUCUGUGACUGGAAGAUGUACCUCCUCAUCCUCAUCAACUGGUCCAAUGCUGUGCCCAACUAUGCGCUCAAAUUCAGCAUGCCGGCGAUCAUCAAAUCCAUGGGUUACAAGGCAGCCAGUGCCCAACUCCUGACGAUUCCCCCCUACAUGGUUGGCGCAUUUUCCGCUUAUGGGUUCUCCGUAUUCGCCGAUCGCUCUUCAUGGAGAAUGCCCUUCAUCCUGGCACCGCAGCUGUCACUCAUUGUCGCCUUUAGUAUCUUGUUCUCCAAGGCUGCCGAUAUCAAGAAUAACAUCGCGGUGUGUUAUUUCGGCGUCUGUCUCGCCUGCUUCGGCAUGUACCCGAUUCUCCCGGGCGUCAACGCUUGGAAUGUGGGUAACAUCCCCAAUCCCCAGAAACGUGCUGUGGCCAUAGGGUAUCUCAUUUGCUUUGGGAACGCCGGUGGCAUCAUUGGAAGUUAUAUUUAUCAGAGUCGAGAGGCACCGCGAUACCCCACCGGCUACGGUACUUCGCUUGCGUUUGCCGCCUCAGGGAUCGUGGCCUGUUUGACUUUGGAAUUUUGCCUCUGGAGAGCAAACAAGACCAAGGAGCGGAUGUCUGCUUCCGAGGUUGAAGAGAGGUAUACCGAGGAUCAACUGCGUGAGAUGGAGGAGAAGAGUCCUUUGUUCAAGUAUACCUUGUGA